GGGUAGAAAUAGACGAAAACAUUGGUCAUAACGACAAUACAACGAAAUACUCUUUAUUCGAACGACACCGGGAUCUCUUGUUCAGUAGAUCACCAGCCUUACUCCGACGUUUAUUACGAAUUAUUCGGUGACUCGGUGACAACUACUUUUUUUGACUUUUUCUGUUGCGUGUGAAAAGGAAGCAAUUAAAUUAUAAAAAAAAAAAAUUAUUUUGGAAUAAUUUUUUUUCAAAUUUUAAACGAAGUGAACUAUUUUUCACAAAAAUUUUAACAAAAAAAAAUAUUAAAUUAAUAUAAUUAAAUAAAUAAAUAAUAUAAAGAAAAUAAAAUAAAAUGUCUUCAUCACAAGCUGUACGUUCAUCUAAAUACUCUUAUAGAGCCACCUCCACUGGACCAGGUGCCGCUGAUAUCAACAUCGAAUACACUGCCGAUUUGAGCGCCCUUUCCCGUCUUGAGGAUAAAAUCCGUUUACUCCAAGAUGAUCUUGAAGUUGAACGUGAAUUGCGUCAAAGGGUAAGUUUUAUAAAAAUCUAAGGAUUUUUUUAAAUU